GGGUGUCGCCGUGGUGGCUGCAUUCGAAGGCGACGGCGGUCGUCUGUUUCGGUUUCUUAUCAUCGACAAAACAAAAAACUGAGAUAGGUCGCUAAAUUGACACACUUUCAACCUCCGAAAAAUUAUAAUUCUCGAUCGCAAGGCCCGAGGCGGUUGGAAUGACGGGGUAUGCCAAGAAUGUAAAUGAGCUUGCUGGUAGUUUGAAGAAAGAGUAAGUCGGGUAGAGAGGGGAGCCAUUUUGUCCCGAUAGUGUGAGAGAAAGAAAGAGUGGAAAAGGGAAAUCACACGGGCUUUAUCACUUGCUAUAAGACAAACCGUUCUGUUUUGGAAAUAAUAUUUACCACUCGUCAGAUACUGUUGCGACACGCCACCCCCGACCGGCAUACAGCUAACUAGAUAUCAUAUCAUAAUUGCAGAUAUUACACAUCGUUCCUUUGCUUGGAACUCGGACUGGCUCUAGCCCUACGGUACUGUCUGUAGUUAGCUAGCUAGUUUAUUCUUUAUCCGGCAAACAACUGGUUUAUCCAUGGCGAAGAAGACCUACGAUCUGCUCUUCAAGCUCCUCUUGAUCGGAGACUCGGGCGUUGGGAAGACCUGCGUACUGUUCCGAUUCUCAGACGACGCCUUCAACACCACCUUCAUCUCCACUAUAGGAAUAGACUUUAAGAUCAAGACUGUUGAACUCCAGGGGAAGAAGAUCAAACUACAGAUAUGGGACACGGCCGGCCAGGAGAGGUUCCACACCAUCACAACGUCCUACUACAGAGGGGCCAUGGGUAUUAUGCUGGUCUAUGACAUCACCAACGCUAAGAGCUUCGAAAACAUCAGCAAGUGGCUCCGUAACAUCGAUGAGCAUGCGAACGAGGACGUUGAGAGAAUGCUGCUAGGCAACAAGUGUGACAUGGAAGACAAGAGGGUCGUACCAAAGGCCAAGGGGGAGCAGAUUGCCAGAGAGCACGGCAUUAGGUUUUUUGAGACGAGCGCGAAGGCCAACAUCAGCAUUGAGAAGGCUUUCCUCACGUUAGCGGAAGACAUCCUCAGAAAGACGCCCGUCAAAGAGCCCAACAGUGAAAAUGUGGACAUCAGUGGUGGCAGUGGAGUCACAGGAUGGAAGAGCAAGUGCUGCAGUUAGAACAACACACCUUGUCUGUCUGACACACACAAACACACACACACACACACAGACACACACACUAACGCAAGCACACACGCGCGCGCACACACACACACACACAGACAUGCACACACUUUUCUCUAACCCUAACUCACCUUCACUAACGUUCUCAUCCUAUCUCCCUGUUCUUGUCUGUUCAGUCUCUCUGUCGCUCUUUCUCUCUUGAUCUGUCUGUCUCUGAGUCUGUCUGAUAGUUUUUUGCUCUGUUUCUCCCUCGCCCUCUCUCAUCCCCCUCUUCCUCUCCCCUCCUUUCUCCUCCUCCUCCUCCUCCUGUCAAUCGUCCUCUGAAAAUAAACCACUUCCCUCAUCUGCCUUCCCCAAAUUCUCUCUUUCCAAGUUUUCUGAAUAUCAGUUUGUUUCUGAUAAAGAGAUCAUGUUUCCUGUUGUUUAUUUUAAAGGUUGCAAAACGAGAGUGAAACGGUCAAACUCACCUUUUUAAUCUUUCCUUUUUCUGAGUCCGCCUGGUCCCUUCACCGUCAGUCAAAGGAAAAUAAAAUAAAUAAAAAUAAAAAAAGACAAAUGUAGGAUUAACAUUUUGUACACUAGUGGGUUAUGUUGUCAAGACGCCGUAUUUGGUCAUUUUGAGAUUUGUAACCAAGUAACGGAGGUGGGGGGUGGGGUUUAUUUUGUCCUGUGCCUUAUAUGGAAGACAGGGGCGGAGCCACAUCCUCUCAAUGAAAUUAAAGUUUAAUAUUCUGGCUCCUCCCACAGCGAGGCCGAGCAGAAAGGUUUGAAUGUCUCCUCCAACCAGAGAACAGCUUGUCAGGAUGUCUGCUUAACGAUAGGGGAUUCUUUUACAUUUUGAUUUAUUUUUCUUUUAGGGGGUUAAGUUUCCUGCAUGCAGAUGUUUGGGUUGGGAGUGUUUGUGAUGCGUUAUUUCUGUAACGUUGGAAUGUUCUCUCGGCUGGCUAUGUGGAAGAGAUGGAACAUUCUCAAGGAAAUUCAAACCGUUUUGCAGAUCCAUUAAAAAUAAGCUUGUUUAAGUUACA